UUUGGCGGUGUCACUAUGUUUGCAAAAAAUAAUGAAAUCUUAUCUUUCACCAUGGAGUCUCCGUCCUCUCCUAAAAGGGCGAGAACUGAUACUGAUUUGAGCGAGUUAUCUAAAGAAGAUUUAAUAAAUAGAAUUAAAGAUCAAGAAAAAACCAUACGUCAAUUGGAGGAAAAACAGAGAAAUAUGAAAACAGAUGAUAAAGAUUUGAAAGAAGUAGAGUCAAAGUUAAAACAGCAUCAAAGAGAUGCUGCACGCAGAGAAAAUACACUUGUUCAUCGAUUGACCACAAAAGAACAAGAGUUACAGGAUUACAUUAAUCAAAUUCAAGAAUUUAAACAGUCACAGACACAGAACAAAGCCCAGCUUCAGACAAUGCUUCUGGACCCUGCAGUCAACUUAGUAUUUCAAAGGAUGACAAAGGAAAUGGAAGAAUGCCAAGAGAAACUCAAACAAACGCAAAACGAACUCAGUGCAUGGAAGUUCACACCCGACAGCCAAACAGGGAAACGGUUGAUGGCCAAAUGUCGGAUGUUACUUCAGGAGAAUGAAGAACUGGGAAAGGUGAUCACUUCGGGAAGGACAGCUAAAUUAGAAGGAGAAAUCGCAGUACAGAAGCAACUUGUACAGGAAAUGAAGGGCAAUCAAUCAGAGUUGGAUGAGUUUCUAGGAGAUUUAGAAGAAGAUGUAGAGGGCAUGCAAAGCAUGAUCUAUGCAUUACAGCAGCAACUCAAAGAGACUAAAGAGCAGGUCAGCAAGUUAGAGGAAGAAAACUGCAAACUGAAAUCCUCCGUACAGACAGGUGCUGUGUCACAGACCUCUAAUAGUGCUAUUCCAAGCAGUCCCACUAUAGACCUUAAGGAAAUAAAACAAGAAAUGGACACGGACCCUAUAAAACAGGAGAUCAAGUGUGAAAGGACAACAGAAUUUGAGGAAACCUCAGAACGAACCCUACAUAGAUGGUCAAGUCAGGAAGAAAUGAUGGACACAGACCAGGAUUCUAGGGAUGUGCCAGAAGUUAACCACAUAUCUCACAGACUUCAACCUGGGGAAGGUGUUAAGUGUUCAGACUACGAGAGCUCGCAAGAUGGCUGGUCCAGUCCCUACCCUCAAACCAAAGACGAAAUUAAUGGAUCAAACAAACACGCCUCCCAAUCAGACAGUACACCAGAAAUGGACCACCUUAGUGACAAAGGGUACUCUGGGACAGGGGAUCUAUUACCCAAUGGGGUGAACAGGACUCCAUUAAAGGAGGAAAUGGGAGAAGCAUAAUAACAACCAAGUCACAAGCUCAGAUAGUCAUUUUAUCAUCCUAGUUAUAUUUCUUUAAAACAGAUUUUGAUUGGCUAUGAAAAUGAAAUAUUAAUUUCAUUUACCAAUCAAAGAUGCAUUGCUGUAGAAGAAAAAAAAAUCAUUGUCCAUUCAUAGUAUUUGUUACUUGUGUUUAAGUGUUGAUUUUAUUAAUGUUUUACUUUCUCCUAGAAAACAGGAACAAAGUAUAGUGAUGUUGUAAGACAACUACCAUUUUCCAGAGAGAUUGUGAAAAGAUUUAGAUAAAUAUUGAGAGGGAAAAGUUUUAUUUCAAAUACAAAUAUUAAUGUAAUUCUUAUGACUGCAAACAGUGUUUAAAUUCCUAUAUUCAAUUUGUUUUCCUGUCUCCUGUUCCGAGGUAAAAUUGAUGAUAUGUGAAAGUGCUUUUUCACAUUCCAAGAAUUUGAAAAUUUUGUGCAUGUAUUUUUUUUAAUUGGAGGAAAGGUAGAAUUAUACCCUAUUUUAAAUAGUGUUUUUUUGGUUGCAUUGAUUUUCAAAGGAUCAGAUUUGAUUAGCUUAUGUUUUCAGUGGGCAAACAAAGCUAGAUAAUCUUUAAGUAUUCAUAGAGAUCUAAAUUCAAAGAAUGGUUAAGUUAAACGUAUUUUAAUUUUUGUUGGAAAUAUAGAAAUUUUUUUUUUCAUUGGCUUUAAUAUAAUUCAAAUUCAGUCUAUAUAUUUUGAAUUUAAAUGAAGACAUUUGAAACCACCAUAGGUUGAAAAACUAUUUUUUUUAUGGUAGUCUGUUUAAGAACAGAAAGGUGAUACAAUAUGUUUGAUCUCUUGUUGUCAUGGUAAUUUGUGAAUUCCUAUUAAAAUGAACUUAACAAAAUG